AUCGUUAGAGCAUCCCACCAAGCGUCUCUUUUUCUGUGGAUGCCCUUGUAUUGAAGCAAAAAAUCUGAGGAGGUUUACAUAAUCAUUUUUUUCGCGCAAGGAUUUCUGUAUAUAUUCUCUGGCACUCCAAACGCCAGCAGAUUGUGUUUGGUCUCCUUGCAAAGGGUCACUUGGGAAAAUCGACCCGUCUUGUGGCACUCCUGACACACUUGGAAGAUUUGUAGACUGCGGACGUUUCAUGAAAUAGGACACACGGACGGACAACUGCGGUUUAUGCGUGUUCCCGUUCAUAGAAGAUAAAAACGGACUGUUUGUUGCAAGAACUGACACAGAGAAAUAACAAACAAUCAACUCAAAACAUGAGCUGCGCAAUGUUGCGACACGCGCUCGCUUUGCUCUUGGCAUUGCUGUGGAAAGGGCCCACCGGUGCUCAGGCGGCCGAGUUCGGACACUUGCCCGACAACAUUACCGUGCUGGAAGGAGAAAGCGUCGUUUUGAGAUGUAAGAUAGACGAAGAGGUCACUCACAAGGCAUGGUUGAACCGCUCCAACAUCUUAUUUACGGGCACAGAUAAGUGGUCCCUGGACUCCCGCGUCUCCCUGGUGAACAACAACAACAGCGACUUCUCCAUUAAGAUUGAGCGAGUGAUGGUGGCAGACGAGGGACCCUACACAUGCAGCUUCCAGGCCAAAAACCAGCCCCGUACGGCCCACGUCUACCUCAUCGUUCAGGUGCCGGCCCGGAUAGUGAACAUCUCGCAGGAUAAAUCAGUGAAUGAAGGCGAUGACGUGAAUUUUUUUUGCCUGGCGGUGGGCAGACCGGAGCCGACGGUCACCUGGAAGGACUUCAAGUAUGGUCUCAUGAGUGAAGGCGAAUUUCUGGAAAUCACAGAAAUCAAGCGGCAUCAGGCGGAGGAAUUUGAAUGCAUCACCAACAACGGCGUGGCGCCACCAGACACGCGCCGCGUCAAGGUCACAGUCAACUAUCCACCAGUAAUCACAGAAGUAAAGAACAUGCCCGCCCAGCUGGGAAAAACUGCAAUCUUACGCUGUGAAGCUAUGGCAGUGCCCACCGCGUCCUUUGAAUGGUACCGGGAUGACCGAAGGCCGGUAGAGAGUGAUAACACGCUGAAGAUAAAAAAUGAAAAAACACGUUCCCUGCUGCUCUUCACCAACGUCACAGAAAAACACUUUGGCAACUACACCUGUUUCGCCUCCAACCGCCUCGGGGCUUCCAAUGCCAGCAUGUUACUCUUCAGGCCCGGGGCCGUGUACGGUGGAGUGGCGUCUCUGAACGGCCGUUUAUCAGGAGUCGGUCUGUGGUUCUGCCUCUCCAUCUCUGUUCUGAUGAAGGUCUAAAACUUUCCCACUUUGGAAGGAGUCUUUAAAUACGAACCCAUCACUGUGAACAAAAUGAAAUUAUGCAUUAAUCCAGGAGCCAUUGCUACAUCACUCGGUCAUUCCUUCCUAUUCCCAUUCACGCCCGGUCGCAUAUCACCACUUCACUUCUCCCUCCCGUUGCCAACGAUGGUCACCUUUUAUCGUCCAAACCUGAUAUGUGAUGCAAAUGACGUGAACGACAAGUGUAAUGCCAGUUGGGUGUCUCUUGAUGUGCGUGCUGGACAUGCUGGUUGUAAAGUGACGUGUCGAUGAUGAAGGUUGCGAUGUUUCGGGUGACCCUCUUGAAGCUGUUUGUGGCAGUUCACCAGCGGGCCCAUCGGCCGUUGAUCCUCGGAUCCCGAUGCAGAGAUCUGAGCUGAACGGUGGUGCAUUCUGACAUGCGUAGCUACUAUGAAUGAUGUCAAACCACAUGUUUUCUUUCUAGCAAGGAGGGCCGUGUCAUCUCGGCCCUUUGUUUGCAUUAGUUUGGGCUCUCGACCCAAAGCAAACGCCUGACCCACGUCCAGCCCUCAUAUUGUCCUCAGUCUGUCCAUCACUCAGAUCGUCGGUCCUUCACACUCAAUGUAAAUAUAUAUGCAGUAGAGGCCCCUCAUUCCAGUGGCAAAAACUACAUUUCCCGUCAGCCUCUCUUUUUCAGCUUUUCAGCUCGGAGGAUAUUGCUGCCUUUAAGUCAUGAUGGAAUUAUCAUAUUUGCGAGAUUUACAACCGAAAUGUCAUUAUUAGCAGAGAAUCAUUGGUUUUGAUUAUAAGAAGUUUAGUUUGUACACAUUUAGUGUUAUUUUCUUGUGUUUGAUAGGAAGUUAAAGAGAAAUGAUUUAAAGUACUUUUCAAACUCAUUGCAAAGUAUAGAAAAUAGAUGUAGUGUUGGAAAUUAAAGUAUUUGGACACUUUUUGGUUGUCAAAUGUUAGUUAAUAAAAUAA